UCGGUGUCAUUUAUGUCAAUUUAGUUAUUUUUGUAGCAAGUUGGUGUGAAAGAUUCAAAGUGAUUUGUAGCAAGUUGGUGUAAAAAAUUUAAAGUGUUACAAAGUACAAGUUAGUGUCAAUAGUUGCAAAACACCACAAAGUUGGCGUUAAAAAGAGUAAUUUUGCUAAGAGGUCACGUCCGGUAUGCGCUGCGCCGGAAACUAAGAGCUGUACUCUGCUUGUCAUUUGUCAAUAAGUUCUUAAAUCCUUCAAAACAAGCAAUCAUCAAAGUUCUAAUUUUGUUUCAGAAAUGUUUAACCAUGAUUAAAGCACUGAACUUUGGCUUCUUAUUUUUCAACAAAAAUGUACAAGAAAAACUCCCAAUUUAUACGUUACUUCUGCAAAUUCACACCAAAAUUUCCAACCCCACAUCAAAUUACACAUGGGGUUUAUGACCAUCUUCUGAAACUAUGCUUGGAACAAUGUGGGAAAAUCAAGGCACGCCAAGUGUUCGACGAAAUGCCUCAGAGAAUAUCCCAAGCUUUUAAUGCUUGUAAAGUUAUCCAUGCUAGUACCUUGAAGUUGGGUUUUGGGUUAAAUGGGCAGUUGGGGAAUGCAAUUCUGGAUUUGUAUGCUAAAUGUGGUAAUGCAGGAUAUGCCAACAGGGUUUUUGAGAGGUUGGAGAUGAGGGAUGUGCAAGGGUGGAAUUCAAUCAUGUCAUUGUAUUUGAGAAGUGGGUUGUUAGAUAGAGUUGUGGAGUUAUUUGGGUCAAUGAGGACUUCGGGUGUCGUGCCGAAUCCUUUUACUUAUGCUAUUGUGCUGUCUGGUUGUGCCAGGAUGAUGCUGAUUGAAUUUGGGAAGCAGGUACAUUGUGAUGUUAUUAAGAUGGGUUAUCUGUGUCAUACCUUUUGUGAAGGUUCUUUGACUGAUAUGUAUGUUAAAUGCAAUUCUUUAGGUGAUGCUAGGCGAAUGUUUGAUCACUUGUGCAGUCCGAGUUUGGUUUCGUGGACUGCGAUGAUUACAGCGUAUGUUCAGAUGAGAUUACUUGAUGAGGCACUUAAAGUGUUUGAGUGUAUGCAAAGUUUAGGUUGUGUUCCUGAUGAUGUGGUAUUUGUGACCGUGAUUAGUGCAUUUGUUAAUAAUGGUAGGCUGGAUAAGGCAAGGGAUUUGCUUACCCGGAUGCCUUUUCCAAACACUAUAGCUUGGAAUGUUAUGAUUUCUGGUUAUGCAAAAAGUGGAAAUGAGGCAGAAGCUAUAAAUCUCUUCCUAAACAUGAGGAAAGCCGGUGUGCCAUCUUCUCGUUCCACUUUAGGAAGUGUUCUAAGUGCCAUUGCUAGCUUGAAGUGUCUUAAUGUAGGCCUACCAGUUCAUGCCCAGGCAAUUAAGCAAGGGCUUGAUCAUAAUGUUUUCGUGGGAAGCUCUUUGUUAAAUAUGUAUGCCAAAUGCCAUAAGCCAGAGUCUGCAAGGCAAGUCUUUGAUUACUUGGACCAGAGAAACAUUGUGCUGUGGAAUGCAAUGCUUGGGGGCUACGUACAGAACGGGUUUGUGAAUGAGGUGGUUGAAUUGUUCCUGGAUAUGAAUGGUGGUGGUUUGCAGGUUGAUGCAUUUACUUAUACCAGCAUUUUGAGUGCAUGUGGUUGCUUGAAGUGGCUGGAUUUUGGAAGCCAAUUGCAUGCUGUGAUAAUUAAGACCAACUAUGAGUCUAACUUAUUUGUAGGCAAUGCAUUGGUUGAUAUGUAUGCUAAAUCAGGCAGUUUAGCUGAAGCAAGGCAGCUUUUUGAGACUAUAGAGGGUAGGGAUAACGUUUCUUGGAAUGCAAUCAUUGUUGGGUAUGUCCAGGUGGAAGAGGAGAAUGAGGCUUUUGGCCUGUUUCGGAGAAUGAUGUCUGAUGGUAUGGCGGCUGAUGAAGUUGCUUUGGCCAGUCUACUCAGUGCUUUUGCUAAUUUAAAAAAUCUUGCCCAAGGAAAAGCGUUACAUUCUUUAUCAGUGAAACAUGGUUUAGCAACUAGCCUUUAUGCAGGAAGCUCACUUAUUGAUAUGUAUGUCAAGUGUGGGGUGACUGAGACUGCAUGCGAGGUAUUUUAUAGGAUGCAUAAUUGGAGUGUAAUCUCUAUGAAUGCUUUGAUUGCUGGAUUUUCUCAGGACAAUCUGGAGGAGGCAGUAAAAAUCUAUAAGCUUAUGCUGGCUGAAGGACUAUGUCCUUCUGAAAUCACUUUUGCUAAUCUUUUAGAUGCAUGUCAUGGUCCUUGCGGAUUUAAUUUAGGGAGGCAAAUCCACUGCCUCUUGCUAAAGAAAGGGAUCUUGUAUGACGAGGGAUUCUUGGGUAUAUCUCUAUUGGGCAUGUACAUGGAUUCCAAUAGCAAUGCAGAUGCAGGCAAACUAUUCUUGGAAUUUCCAGAGCAAAAGAGUGCAGUACUAUGGACAUCUAUGAUCUCUGGUUUAAGUCAAAAUGAUUGCCAUAAGGAGGCUUUGGAGCUUUAUAGAGGAAUGCGUUGCCAAAAUGUUUUGCCUGAUCAAGCAACAUUUGCUAGCAUUCUCAAAGUAUGCUCCUUUUUAACUUCAUAUAAGGAUGGUACUGAGAUCCACUCCUUUGCUUUUCGGUCUGGCUUCAAUUCAGACAUGUUAGUGGGCUGUGCUCUUAUAGACAUGUAUGCCAAAUGCGGAGAUGUAAGAAGUUCUGUAAAGGUUUUUGAGGAGGUUGGCUGUAAAUGGGAUAUUAUUCUGUGGAAUUCAAUCAUUGUAGGAUUAGCUAAAAAUGGUUAUGUAGAAGAUGUACUAAAGAUAUUUGGUGAAUUAUUGCAGUCACAUGUAUAUCCUGAUGAGGUGACGUUCCUUGGUGUCCUUAGUGCUUGUAGUCACGGAGGCAAAUUAAGUGAAGGCCGUCAUAUCUAUAAUCUGAUGGUUAACCAGUGCGGUAUUCAGCCAAGACACGAUCACUGUGCCUGUAUGAUUGACCUAUUUGGUCGAUGGGGGUUUCUUGAGGAGGCAGAGAACUUUAUUGAAGAGCUGGAGUUUGAACCUGAUGCUAAGAUUUGGGCUUCAUUUUUAAAUGCUUGCAAGUUACAUGGAGAUGAUGCAAGGGGUAGGAAAGCAGCAGAAAAACUGAUUAAUCUGGACCCUCAUAAUUCUUCAGCAUACAUUUUGCUUUCAAGUAUACAUGCUUCCUCAGGUAAUUGGAGUGAGGUUGACUCUUUGAGAAGGAAAAUGAAAGAAAAGGGUGUCUCAAAGUUUCCUGGAUCUAGCUGGAUUGAUAGUAUGGAGGAGAAAGUUGUUCAUAGCUCGCAAUGAUAUAUUGAUGAUGUUUGAGGCUGCUUUUUUCAA